AUGGCUGACCAGCAGACACCGAGGAAACCAUUCAAAGAUUGGCCCAACGACGCAGGUUUUGAAGCCACCGUCGAGCACCGCGAGCCCAUUGAGCUCCCCGUCAUCGGAUCGAUCCCCUCUCACCUGGCCGGCACACUGUACCGCACCGGCCCGGGAACCUACAAAGUCCCCGGAAGCACAUACCAACUCAGCCACUGGUUCGAUGGAUUUUCGCAACUCCAUCGAUUCCAAAUAGUCGCGCAACCAACCGGAUCCUGCAAAGUGUUCUAUAACUCGCGACGGCAGGUUGAUGCACUGAUAGAAGAAGCGCGCAGGACCGGGACGAUGAAAGGCAUCACAUUCGGACAGAAACGAGAUCCAUGUGAAAGUAUCUUCCAGAAGGUCAAGGGGUUCUUUCGCCCUGGAUUUGAUACAGCGAGCCCUGAGCUUGUUAAUGCCGGGGUUACUGUACAUGCUAAUACCCCAGGUGCUCCGUAUCUGAGAAGUUCCGAUGCGCGGGCAGACUCGGCGCAAUUCCAAACUCUGACGUCUCUAACAGAUGCCAACGUCUUGAAACAUAUAGACCCUGAGACUCUAGAGCCGCUAGGGGUCACUCGCCAGGAUGGUUUACACCCUGAUCUAAAAGGCCCCGUUUCAUGCGCGCAUGCCGAAAUCGAUCCGGAAUCCGGGGAUCUGUACAACUACAACCUCGAUUUCAGCAGGUACGCAACGUACCGGAUAUUUCGGACCUCCGCUACGAAAGGGAAGACAGAUAUCCUGGCAACCAUUACAGGGGCAGCUGCCAAGCCGGCGUAUCUCCACUCGUUCUUCCUCAGUCCCGAGUAUGUGGUCCUGUGCAUUUGGCCCAGCGUCUUUGCCGCAGGCGGCAUCAAAAUCCUCUGGGAGAGAAAUCUGGCCGAUGCGAUAAGCUUCGACUCCAACCUCCAAACCCGCUGGUAUGUUAUCGACCGGAAAAAUGGCAGGGGAGUUGUGGCCACCUAUGUGAGCCCGUCAUUUUUUAACUUCCAUACCAUCAACGCCUGGCAGAAGACCAAUGACGACAAUACAGUCGACAUCAUGUGUGACAUCAUCCAGUAUCCAACGGACGAGGUAAUCAGACGCACUUACUAUGAAGCCAUGGUCUCAACAGGCCGAGACGUAGAGAAAUUCUAUGGCAGUGAAGCAUCACGGCCGGCUCUCCUGCGCUAUCGUCUGGCUGGUGUCCCGAAUGCAGGUGGACCAAAGACAUCACGUCGGAAGCCCGAUUCCAACCCUUCUAAGGCAGAGGUUCUGCUGAGGAUUGAGACUCCUUUUGUUGGGGAGCUUCCCACCAUCAACCCUAAAUUUGCCACGCGAAAGAUACGAUACGUUUACAAUGUGUUUCCCCAAGGGAAGGUGAGAUUUUCACGCCUCAUAUUCCAGCCAAAGCUGAAUUGCUUUAGUCCUCGUUCUUCGACGCUAUCGCGAAAAUCGACCUUGAGACGCAGGAAGCAAAGGUUUGGACCCGCGAUAAACAUACUCCGGGUGAAGCUAUCUUUGUUCCUGAUGGGGUGGAUGAUGCAGAAGAUGCGGGAUACCUUCUCAGCGUCGUUCUGA